UCACACUGCGCAUGCGCAGCUCAGGAGCGCGCAGCGUGGCGAUCACCGGUGUGCUGUGUCCCUCAGACACAGCGGAUCACGGAAAGAGCCGAAGAUGUCGGCUCGGUCAUGUGAUCAGCUGUGUCCAAUCACAGCUGAUCACAUGGGACAUGUACACUGAUCAUCAGGGCACUGAUGAUCAGUGUGCCCUGAUGAUCAGUGUGGCCCCAGAUGUGCCACCUGUCAGUGCCCAUCAGUGCCACGUGCCAGUGCCCAUCAGUGCCACAUCAAUGCCACAUAUCAGUGCAUACCAGUGCACAUCAAUGCCACAUAUCAGUGCCCAUCUAAGCUGCAUUUCAAUGUCACCCAUCAGU